GCUCCUCUUCCCGGAUGUGGAUGAGUGUGCUGAAGGGAUUGAUGACUGCCACCCAGAUGCAAUUUGUCAAAAUACUCCCAAGUUGUACAAGUGCAUGUGUAAGCCUGGUUACAGUGGAGAAGGAAAGACAUGCAAAGAUAUAGAUGAAUGUGAUAAUGACUUCGAUGGAGGCUGCGUGCAUGAAUGUUUCAACAUUCCAGGCAAUUAUCGCUGUACAUGUUAUGAUGGUUUCAUGUUGGCUCAAGAUGGCCAUAAUUGUCUCGAUGUGGAUGAGUGCUUGCUCAACAAUGGAGGCUGCCAACAUGUUUGUGUCAACACAGUAGGGAGCUAUGAAUGUCGUUGUAAUGUUGGAUUCUUCCUCAGUGAUAACCAGCACACCUGCAUUCACCGUUCAGAAGAAGGCAUGAGCUGCAUGAAUAAAGAUCAUGGCUGUGCCCAUAUCUGCAAAGAAGCACCAAAAGGAGGAGUGGCCUGUGAAUGCAGACCUGGAUUUGAACUGGCCAGAAACCAGAGAGACUGUAUUUUGACUUGCAGCCAUGGAAACGGCGGCUGCCAACAUAGUUGCGAAGAUGCAGAUGAUGGACCUGUAUGUGGGUGUCAUCCAGAAUAUACAGUGCAUUCUAAUGGAAAAACCUGCCUUGAGAGAGAGGAGGAUGCAACUGAAAUCCCUGAAAAUAAUACCACAUCAGGAGCUGAUGGAGACAAACGGGUGAAACGGCGUCUGCUCAUGGAAACCUGUGCAGUAAAUAAUGGUGGCUGUGAUCGUACUUGUAAAGACACUUCAACAGGUGUUCACUGCAGCUGUCCUGUUGGAUUUACCCUUCAGCUUGAUGGAAAGACAUGCAAAGAUAUUGAUGAAUGCCAAACCAGUAAUGGUGGAUGUGAUCACUUUUGUAGAAACACUAUUGGUAGUUUUGACUGCAGCUGCAAAAAAGGCUUUAAAUUAUUAACUGAUGAAAAAUCUUGUCAAGACAUUGAUGAAUGUUCGUUCGAAAGGACAUGUGACCAUAUAUGCAUCAAUCAUGCAGGCACUUUUGAGUGUACUUGCCUCAAAGGAUACAUACUCUAUGGCUUCACACAUUGUGGAGAUAUCAAUGAGUGUAGCAUUAACAAUGGAGGCUGCCAGCAUACCUGCAUAAACACAUUGGGGGAUUAUCAGUGCCAUUGUAAAGCUGGCCACAAACUGCACUGGAACAAAAAGGACUGUGUUGAAAGAUCCAUGUCUGAUGUCAUUUUACCUAAAGUAUCUCUGCACUGCAUUAAGACUGGCGGAAGUGAUAGGUGUUUCUUAAUCUGCCCCUCAGAUGUUCACUUUAUGUCUGGCUUGGAAGAUUCAUACACUAUAAAAUGUGGCAACCCUUCUCCACUUAAGAAAAAAAAACAAAAUACAAAUGAGUCAGCUACUUUAGAUCUCUCUACCAUCAGGACAAGUGUAACCUUUAAGUUUAAUGAUGGAAAAUGUAAUUUGAAAAAGAGUAAGAUAUUUCAAGAUGCCCUGAUUCACCGUAUAAUGCCAGAGAAACAUAAUUCAAUAAUGGAGAACUUCUACUAUGUAAACCUAACAUGCAGUUCUGGCAAGAAAGUUCUUGGAGACCUCAGCGGAUUGAAGGCUGCUAGAGAAAUGUUUAUAUCUACUGACUUUGAACUUGAAACAAACCAAAAGGAGGUGACAGACACAUGUAAUUUGAGCUGUGCACGUAAAAGAACUGAGAAGAAGCUUCGUAAAGCCAUUAGAACCUUGCGGAAAGUGAUCAACAAAGAGCAAUUUCAUAUCCGCCUAGCUGGUGUGGAUCAUGAUGUUGCCAGGAAAUCUCCCAGGGCACUUGAUACACAAGAACUCUGUGGCCUGGGACAAAGGCAUGUGGAUAACGGAUGUGCUAGCUGCAGUGUUGGAACAUAUUAUGAUGGGGAACAAGAAGGCUGCAUUUUAUGCCCUAAUGGAACUUACCAAGACAAUGAAGGUCAAAUAACUUGUGAACCUUGCCCAAAUGCUCAGAAUCCUGGAAGCCAAAAGACAGCUGGAGCUCACAAUAUAUCUGAGUGUGGAGGACAGUGCUCACCUGGUGAAUAUUCUUCUGAUGGAUUUAAGCCUUGUCUUCCAUGUCCAUUGGGAACAUAUCAGCCUGAACCAGGUCGGACAUCUUGUAUUCCCUGUGGAGGAGGCCUGAUGACAAAACGUAGCAGUGCAACACUGUUUCAGGAUUGUGAGACCAAAGUGCAGUGCUCACCUGGUCAUUUUUACAACACUACAACACAUCGAUGCAUCCGCUGCCCAGUUGGAACAUACCAAGUAGAAUUUGGACAAAAUCACUGCAUUUCAUGCCCUGGGAACACAACCACCGACUACGAUGGAUCAACAAACAUAACUCACUGCAAAGACAGGCGCUGUGGUGGUGAACUUGGAGAGUUUACCGGAUACAUUGAAUCCCCAAACUAUCCUGGCAAUUACCCUGCAAACACAGAGUGUAUCUGGACGAUAAACCCUCCUCCUAAACGCCGCAUUCUGAUUGUGGUUCCAGAAAUAUUUCUGCCCAUAGAAGAUGAAUGUGGAGACUUUCUGGUGAUGAGGAAAAGCUAAGAUUAUCAGGAACUGAUAGAAGAUAUAGUCCGAGAUGGUAGAUUGUAUGCAUCAGAAAAUCAUCAAGAGAUCCUAAAGGAUAAGAAGCUGAUUAAGGCGUUGUUUGAUGUGCU